CUCAGAGGAUGUCCGCCUUCCAGGUCAACCUCAACCCGCUCAAGGAGCUGCUCGGCUUCAUCAAGGUCCUCGAGUGCUUUGCUUCCAUCUUUGCUUUUGCCACUUGUGGCGGGUUUAAGGGCAAAACAGAAAUUCAAGUGAGUUGUCCUAAACUUGGUAACAACAAGACAGUUGCAGCUGCUUUUGGUUAUCCAUUCAGGUUGCCUCGGGCAUCAUUUCUCACUCCUUCAGAUGCCAGUGUGUGUAAUGUGACCUGGAAGAACCAUGUCCUCAUAGGUGAUUACUUCUCUUCUGCACAGUUCCAUGUCACAUUUGCAGUCUUUGUGUUCUUGUACUGCAUCGUGGCCCUUCUGCUCUAUGUUGGUUACAGGAACCUCUACCAGGAGAGUCAUACACUCCCCAUGAUUUACUUUAUUGUUACUCUUCUUGCCACUUUUCUGUGGUUGGUGAGUGCCUCGGCCUGGGCUAAAGCCCUUACAGAUAUUAAAAUAGCUACCGGACACAAUAUUAUCAAAGAACUUGAGCCUUGUCACAACCCACAAAUACAAUGUCAAUUUAUCUCUGUGACUAGUAAGGGAUCCCUAAAUGUAUCCGUGAUCUUUGGCUUUCUGAAUAUGAUACUUUGGGGAGGAAAUGCUUGGUUUGUGUAGAAGGAAACCAGCUUACAUAAUCCAUCAAAUAUGUCAGCUUCUCACAGCCAAGGAAGUGUCCCACCCCCUUCUGGAAUAUAAUUAAAGGGAGACUACACUGUAUGAAAUGUGUGCUAUACUCUGCCUUGUUGCCAACAU